AUGUUGCAAAAGUAUAAAAAGCAAGCCAAGCCGUACGCCGCCACCGUCUUUGCCGGCUCAGACGGUGGGUUUGGCGGCCGCAUGGCCCCGCCGCCGCCAAGCUGGAGGGCCGGCGAUGCCACGGACACCCCCGGCCUCGGCUUUUGCCGCGGCGCGGUGAUGGUGGUGCUACCUGGCGCGGUGGUGCCGGACGAGGGCGGUGACGUCAUCGACGACGAUGAUGACAUCAGCGGCGGGGAGAUUGACGGCAGGGCGGUGGUCGGGCCCAACCAACUCGAGUUGUUGCUGGCGAGCGCGCUCGGUGUCGGCCGCGGCGGCGGCGGCGGCGGCGGCGCGGGCAGCUUGCUGGCGCGCCACGGGUUCGCGGCUGCGACGGUGGCGGCGUGGUGCCCUUCCGUGCCCGCGCACACGUCCGUUUUGCGCGUGGCUGUGGAAACCGCCGAGGGCGGCGACGGGCAACAGGAGGAGGAGGAGGAGGAGGGCUGGCAGGCGGUGGCGCGAGACGUCGGGUUGGGCCGGCCGGCGCCAGAGCCAGGGGCCGUCUGCGCGCAGGCGCUGUCGGUUACCGCCCUACAGCCCGGCGAGUCGCUCGCGAUCGCCGACCCCUCGUCGUCGUUAGUCAACGUUUACGCCACCCUGGAUAAGGCGGUGCUGCUGUUUGGGGCGCUGAUGGGCCAGGAGGGCGGCGCGCCCUGCGAGGUGCCCCACGGCCCCGCCCUGUGGCGCGAGUGGGGGUGGCUGGCGGGCUGGCACAGCCUGGCGCCCGCGGCGCGGCGGGAGAAGCUGUCGGCGGAGUGCUGCCACGAGCUGCUGUUCUUCCUGGCGCUGAGGGAUCCGGAUUUCUUCAUGCAGGCGGGUGGCAUUCGCCAACGGAUCAUGCUGAUGGCAACUGUGCUAUGGCAGGGCUAA